AUGCCGUUGCUUCAGGAGAUCCUAUUGGCCGGGCUGUUAACGAUGAGCUCGGCAUUGGCUUUGACGGACGGGCAGUGGGCCGGCGAAUCGAAAUCGCGUAUCCCGCGUGUUGCGACGGGGAGUACACGCCUUAAGAAAUUCCAUUAUGCGAGUCUUGUGGCCCUCAUUGAGCGAGAGGGGGUGAUUGGGGAGGUUAUCCAUGCAUCAGGUCUGCGACACAGCAGCGCUGGAGAGAAACGCCAUCGUAUGGACUGGGCGUUAGUUGCACUCCACCCCUCCAAGGAUGCGGUGCUCAACACGCCACCCGACGACUCAAAAUUUAAUUACACGAUUUCCCGCGUACCAGAGUUCGCUUACCACUAUAGAACCGAGCCCGGCGAUGUCAUUUCACGGACCAGCGAUCCCGUGGCAUUUUCCUGGGCUGGGAAGGUUCACGCCGGCGCAUGGGGACUGCUGGGCGGGUGA